GUCCUCGUUCACCGGAUGUUGUAAAGUUAGCGCGCCUCUCCUGCUCCUCGAGAAGUGUUUAGUAGCUGUGAAAACACACGCACUUGUGAAUUUGGAACUGAUCUCCAUGUAGUUUAUCAUGACGGAGACUGAAAUGGUGUGAAUCAGUACUGAGUCUCUGAGACACGCCGCAAUGUGGAGACUACACUCUACAGAAUCGGGGACAGGCCCGAUCUCUUUGCUUGCUGGUAAGGAGUAUGUAGUAGGCCGUAAGAACUGUGACAUCCUUCUGUCCAAUGACCAGUCCAUCAGUCGUGUGCAUGCCCUCAUCACCGUCACUGACCAGGCCGUCGCGCUGAAGGACAGCUCCAAGUACGGCACUUUUGUCAACGACAAGCGGUUAGAGACUGGCUCCACCAAGACUGUCCAUGCUGGAGACAGAAUCACAUUUGGGGUUUUCCAGAGCAAGUUUAGGCUGGAACUGGACUCUGUGGUUGUUUGUUCAUCGUGUGUUGACAAUGAAGGGAAAGCAACUCUCUCCAAGGAAGUCCAGGCUCUUGGGGGACGUCUGGUCAACACCUGGUCUCAGGAGUGCACUCACCUAGUCAUGCCUGCUGUUAAAGUCACCAUUAAGACGAUCUGCGCACUGUUGUGCUGUCGACCCAUAGUGAAACCCAAGUUUUUCACUGAGCUCUCCAGAGCUGUUCAGCAGAGAGAAAACCUUCCUAAAGCGGAGAGCUUCUGGCCGGAGAUAGAUGAGCCGAGUCUCACUAAAGAGAAAGUGGACCUCGGACCCCGUCAUGAGAGAAAGACUCUGUUUGUGGGCAAAACCUUUGUCUUUCUCAACACCAAACAGAUGAAGCGUUUAAGCCAGGCCAUCAGUUUUGGAGGUGGAAGAAGCCAGCUUUUGGAGGAGGGAUCUCUUCCUGUGUCACUCCUAGAGUCCACAGAAACAUGUGUAGUUGAUGUGACUACAGGAUCCUCCGAACCACUGAUACCUCCUACCACCAAGAAAUGGGCAAAUUCUGUCGGCUCGAUUCUGCAUAGAAAUUGUUUACGUUUCAUUGCUGAGUCGGAGAUUGGAUUGGCUGCCAUUUAUGUCAAUAAUCAGACAUACUGCAAUCCCUGCUCCUCUUUGGAUUCACAAUCUGUUAAAAUGAGGCCAGCAAUCCCUGAAGCAACACUUUCCCAGAAUGCAGCCGUGGAUGAGACUGUGCUUCAUGGAGCCUCCCUAAACAUCACUGCCUAUGUGGUUAAUACAGAGCCAUCUCAGGGUAUCGGCAGGAAGGGCAUGUGUGAGGCCACAGCUGUGGGUGAGACCCUGGAAAAACGCCCUGCAAAUCCACUGAGUGCAUCAACAUUUAAGAAGCCACCAAUGGUCACAGAUCUGCCACCUGCCUGCUCUGAGCCUGUGUCCUCAUUCAGCGAUGUAAAGAAAGAAAAGAAGGCCAAAUCAGAAAGCCAGAAGAGUGAUGAAUGUAAUAAAUCCACAGGCUCUUCGAACAACAGUGCCACAUUUAAAAAAUCCCCUCAGAAACAAUCGUCACUGACUUCCUACUUCAAGCCGUCCAACAAAAAGAGGCAGCGUGAAGGCAGCCCCGACUCUGAUCAAUCAGAGGCCAAACUCUCCAGACAAGAGAAUGAGGAAAGCAACUCUAAUCAGGCUCCUUCUCUACAAAAAUCCUCUGUCUCCAGAUUUGGCUCAAAAAUAGCCCCAAACCAGCACUAUACAACCCCACGCUAUGGUUUCAGUAGCAGUCUCGGUUUGGGUUCGGGUCUUGCUACAGAUUCCAAAUCUGGUGGUUUGCAACAAAAUUUGAGCCUGAAUUUAGAUUACAGUUCCAAAAAGAGGAAAGCACCAGAACAGGACCCUGUAGCACCUGCUGAUUUAGAUGUUUCUCUGGAGGAACUCGAGUCCAUCAUGUCUGAGGACAUGGAUGAACCUCAGCCCACAGCUAAUAAGAAGCAGUGUUUGGAUCAAGGGGAAAGAAGCACAACCAUUGUAGGGAAGGAUCACAGGGAUACCUUCAGCAAGCAGCGGAAAGCAGAGAAACAGCAAAGCAUAGGCGGAACAAGCCGGAACUCGGAACAGGAAACGCAAAGUUUAGCGAAUCGGGAUCCAAAGAAAAUGUCACGGGUCACAUCUAGUAAGAUGCAGGAGUCGGAACGGGAACAGCGCAGUUUAACACGUGGAAAUGAUGGAUGUAAAACUCUAGAUGUUAAAGAAGAGGAAGUGUCUUUUAUUUUGGAAACUAGGGUCAGCAAUGGCUUCACCAAAGACAAUGAAGAGGCUGCAGUAAAGGAAGAACCCAUGGCUUCGACCUCAGGCUCUGGUCCUGGAAAAGACCCUGAACUUCCUAGUAAGCUUUUGCAAGUCCAGUUUAUGUCCCUGACUGUGAGGGCCCCCAGCAGGACGAGGGUUGAGCCACUACAGAGCCGUGAUGCAAAUGGAAAGAAUUUCAAACGUUUCCGUAAGGUCCCUGUUCCUGGACUUCAGGGGUUACCAAAAAUCAUCGGUGGAUCUGACCUGGUUGCUCAUAACCGCAGCAAAAACUCCGAACUUGAAGAGUGGCUGCGGGAUGCAGCUGAGCAAGAGAAACAGCAAGAACGAGAGGAGACUCUGGGUGAUGACCUGUUCAGGUACAAUCCAAGGACUACUAAAAGAAGAUGAAGAUUGUUUAUUUUCAGUUUUACUGAUUUGAAUGUUCAAGCGAAGACCACAGCUUUACUGUUAGUGGUUUACAACCAUUAUGCUUUUCGAGCACUUGGUGCAGUUGCCAUUUUACACCUACUUUUAGACCAUUAUGAAAGACAUGGUGUGUAACAUUCUGGAAAAUUGCUUAUUUUUCAUAAGCCUUCAUGUUUUACUUUGCCAGGCAGCUUUUUUUCCCCACGGCUAUCACAAAUAUCAAUAAUAAAUAGCACCUUAUAAAAAUUAGAUACAUCCCAAGACCAGCUACACUGAUCAGGCAUAACAUUAUGACCAACCUCCAAUAUGUGUUGGUCCCCCUUUUGCUGCCAAAACAGCCCUGACCCGUCAUACACGGUGUAUUCUGACACCUUUCUAUCAGAACCAGCAUUAACUUCAACAACAUUUGAGCCUUGGCCGCCCAUGACCCUGACGCCGGUUCACCACUGUUCCUUCCACUUUUGAUAGAUACUGAUCACUGCAGACCAGGAACACCCCACAAGAGCUGCAGUUUUUGAGAUGCUCUGAUCCAGUGGUCUAGCCAUCACAAUUUGGCUCAAAUCCUUACGCUUGCCCAUUUUUCCUGCUUCUAACACAUCAACUUUGAGGACAAAAUGUUCACUUGCUGCCUAAUAUAUCCCACCCACUAACAGGUGCCAUGAUGAGGAGAUAAUCAGUGUUAUUCACCUCACCUGUCAGUGGUCAUAAUGUUAUGCCUGAUUGGUGUAUAUGUACUAUUAAUAAAAUACGGCUUCUUCAUUGAACACUACAAAUACACAGGAUGCGGAAACCAUGCUGUCCAAUACCUGCCCAAGUGAAUGAAUGUUUUUAUUUGUAUUGUGGAUAUUUGAAUUUUUGUGAUAUAUCCGUGACAAAAAGCUAACGUGAAGGCUUCAUGAAAUACAGUAAAUAAACACCACCUUAACAUAUUGCCAAGCCACCAUCCAUGUUUUUGCAAUGUUUAUGCUUGUUUAUCCAUGUUUUCAAAUGAUCAAGUUGAAACUUAUAAUUAAUACUUUUCUUUAUUUAAAUAAAGCCCCAAAAAAAUGUAACAGACAAAAUAUUUUGAAAAGUUUUAAUUGUCUCUAAUAAAACAAUGUUUACAAAA